AUGUCCUCAAUCACCGGGAAGAAACAAUGGCCCUCGGAUGUUUUUCGUCCCCCAUUUUGGUCCCCUGCAGACAAAAACAUUGAAGGCACUACAGGGGACAUUGUUAAUGUCCCCUCUGAAGGUGUGAGGAGCAUGGCAUCUGACUCUUCCUCACGCCCUCAAGAACCUGAGGAAGAAGAUCCAGGAAGUGACUAUGACAGUGAUGGUGACCAUUUUAUUCUAUAUGAUCAAGAUACAACGGGUGACAAAGAAUUCCCUCCAGGUGUUACUGAUGUCAAGGCUUUCAGGCCAUUGAGUGUUUUCACUUAUAGAAAGCAUAUUAGAGCUGCAUACCAAUCUAUUGGGGAUGGGUGGAAUAAAAAUUCACUCGAAACUUUAGCCAUUGCUCCAGCGCUUUUGUGGGCUGAGCCUCUUGUAAUCCCCUUUGAGCCCACAUCGACUGACGUCAAGACUUCCAAAGAACCGCUUGUAAUGGCAGCAAGUCAAAUGCCAAAACCUGCUGACAGGGAGCCCACUGAGAAGCAGAAGCUCCUUGACAUGAUUUUUGAAAGAGCCCGAGGCUUAAGCACAGAGAUUCCUGCAACUGUCUCGGCUUGGGAGAAUUAUCUGAUCAAAGCGGUCCGACUGAUUCGGAGGGAAUCAAGACAGCCCCCUUUCAAAUACAGCGAUUGGCGAGUGAUCAUCGACGGUUUGCCCAACACAAUGGACGUGUCAAAUGUGCAAAACUUCCGACGUCCUUACUGGGCACCCAUAUCCUCACUACACAAGAUUGAUGUACAACUUUCCGGUCCAGAGAAGGACAUGUUAGAUACCAAAGGCAUCCGCAUGAAUGUUGAAAUGAGUGGACGAACACUUACUGAACAAGUAGAGGCAGAGAUCCGGCGCAGGGCAAGUUUUGGACACAGUUCUCAUGGCUGGAUUCGACGACAGCUGGGAUGGAUCUACCCAGGACCACGAAAUUACUGGGACAGCUGCCGUGUGUCAGCCGCAAUGCAUGAGGUCUUAUCUGAUCCUGAGUACGGACAAAUCCCCUACUCUUUCCAGAUAACAGUCAAACCCCUGGACAGCUCUUUAAAGCAUGAUGGGUCUUGGAACCCCACUCCUGACAAUGAGACCACGAAUGGUCCGGUGGCGUGGCAUACCCCUAGACCGGAAGCCACCAAUUCUGGUGUGCACGGUCACUCGGAUUUGACAGAAGACAAUUUGAAAACAGCAGGUGAGAACACAGAGUUUCAAGGCAGAGUUUAUCAAAUCACAAUUCAAGGUACCAAAGUGAAAGUUCCAGAGUGCCCUAAAGUCGAAGUUGUCCAGGAAUACUUGUGCACACCUGACCAGUCUCAAAACAAAGGGACAAAGGUAUAUCUGUCCCGUUGGCCAGAACCACAGGAGGCGACGCCCGUAGAGGUAGAGGGAGGGGAGAGGAAGCAAACGAAGUCGGAGGCUGAGACGAUGUUGGAGAAGGACGAAGAAUUGAGGGCUGAGGGUGUAACAAGGGGCGAGGAUGGAAUAACGAAAGAAAGACAAGGACAAGCAGGAAUGGAAAUCUCGGUAAGAGUGGAGGCGAGCAGUCAGCCAGGAGUAGGAGACAAAGAGGACAAAGUCGAGUGUCCACCAGGUGUUUCGAGCAGAGAAGAUGGUAGGACGUUGCUGGGAAGACGGGAGGAUGACCGGAUUGUCAAUAGUAAUCAUGAUCUCCUCCCUGGACUACUGGAGGGAGAAGAUCCGGAGGAUUGUGUUACGGAGUAA